AUGGGGCUCGGCACUUCUGCCAUGGAGAGCCGACAGGCCGCACCUGUGACGAGGGAAGCAGGUCCCAUGAUCUUGAUCGAAGGCCUGGACCUUGCCGGUAAGUCCACGCUUUUCGCGCGGAUUCAAGACACGCUGGAGGGCAGCUGGAAGCUGCGUUGGUCCAGAAACUGCCUGGUGCCGGAGAACCCCAUCAAUGAGAGGGCGCAGGAGCUGCGCAAGUUGAAGCAGCCAGGCUCGGGGAUUUCCCCCCUGGAGACGGGCUCGCUCUUCCUAGCCUCUCACAUGUGGGACCUUUGCAACUUCCAGCCGCCUGAAGCAGACACUGUGCAUUUGCAAGACAGCAGUUGGCUCCGGACAGUUGCAUACCACUCGGAAGCGUUCACGCCGACGCCUUUUGUGCAGGAGGGGCUCCCGUGGACCUUGGGCAGCUUUGGCGACCUUGCUGCACAGGUCAUGGGCGAGGAAAAGACCACGUCCGGGCCGGCCUUUGAUGUGGUGAUUUUCCUCACGGCCAGCGCCGAGGAGCGCCAGGGCCGCCUAGACGAACGCCGCCAGAAGAACCCGGAGGAUUGCGACUAUGAUGAUGCAUUGGUGAUUCGCGAUCCGGCCAAGUUCAUGAAACUGGACAGCCUGCUGUGGGAGGUGACCUUGCGCCGAUUCCCGCAUGCUCGCAAGAUUGACUCCACAGGAAAAAGCCGCGACCAGGUGUUUCAAGAAGCUUCAGCGACGAUCUCGUCAUGUGUUUCGGGCCCCUUGAAGGUGGCUUUUGAGGCUGUUGUUCCAUGA